UCCUCCUCCAUCAUCACCACCAUCUCCCUUUAUCACACCACGGUGGCAAGGGAAUCUCUGUGGUCCUCCAAUACCUGCCCCAACUUGUUAUACAAAGAGAAAAGAUGCUUGAAGGGAAAAGAAAGGACUUUUGCCGACCCUCAACUAACAUACACCACAAGUCCACAACCACUCAAGAUGACCCCAUUGGGACUGGUAUGGACAAUGGUGUGUUUGAUGACAACAGAAGCCACGUGAAACAGUUCAGCUGUCACGAACGUCAUCAGGGAAAUGACCGGACCAAGGUGCAGCGUGUGUCCCGCCAGACACGUUCAGAGUCCGACUUCGUCCACUUCCCCCAGAUAAACGACACAGAGGUCCUCACCUGUGAGUGUUCCAGCCGCUCCUGCCAGACGGUCUUCUGGUUCCCCACUCUCCACAACAACCUCGACUUCCAGUUCCUUCUCAGCCUCAACAAUGCUGGCCGGACCAACCACGAAGCCAGUGUGGACAAACACCGGUUCCAGGCCAGUAAGCGGGACGGGGGAAGCAAGAUGACUUUCACACUGCGCCUCAUUAACAUAAGUUCAGAGGACGCAGGGCUGUACACCUGUAUGCUCCAGAACCAGAAAGAGAAUGAGCUGUGGAGGCCAGGAGUUCUUCUCAGACCUGGAGAAACUCGGCCAACAUUACCCCCGUCACAAAGCCUCAGCCCCAAGGCAUCUGUCACGUUCUGACCUUAGUUCCUUUGUUUUGUCUUUUGUUUUAGUAUGGUCAGGGCGAGAGUUGGGUGGGUUG